UGAGAGGUGAAACGUCUUCAAGCAACUUAAAGAAGUCCAGACGCUUUUCUUUGCAAACUCCUUUGACUACGAUGACCUGGAUGACUGAGAACCUUCACAGACAAUAGGGCGUGAAGUUAUGGGCAAAAACCAUCUUCAAUAAGACAAGACUUGCUUAUGAUAUUCUGACAAAAACAUCAUCUUUAUAACAGAUUUACUUGAUGAGAAGGGGCAGUUUCUCCCAAUGGGUGUUUUCAAUGCCAAGUUUAACAUUCAGUGUCCCCUUAGAGAAUAUAACAAGGUUUGUAAUGCGAUCCCCUUACCUUUGUUAAGUUUGAUACAAGGCUAUUUAUAUUACUCUAAGGGGCAAAUUAGUUUACCUUCUUUACAGCUAAAUCACUUUCCUUUAACUAAUAAAAAGUGUAAUAAUAAAAUCAUAAACACAAUAUUUAAAAAUAUAUUAUUUCACGAUUUUAACAGUGACACAAAAUUAAAAGGGAGUAAUGUUAAAGUAACAAACAAAUAUACACAUUUUUUGAAAUGGCCUUCCCCCCAAAAAGUCAAAGAAAUGCAAUUUAAAAUAAUUAAUGGAUAUUACCCAGCAGCAGAAAUACUUAAAAAAAGGUUUGGGUUUGAGGUGGAGCCAUGUGGAUGUUGUUCACAAAAUGAAGAAAGUAUUGAUCAUUUAUUUUUUUCCUGUUCAGUAACGACUACCUUCUGGCAGGAUUUGGUAAACUGGUUGAGUGUAAGACUAGAUGGGAUGACCCCACUGACUCACUGAUGUUCCAUCUAAGGAACUUGUCAUGCUUCACAAUAUGGUAAUAAUUAUGGGCAAAUACCACACCCAUAAGUGUAAAUGGCAAAAUAAAAGACCUUCCCUAAGUGCGUUGAAGAUUGAAUUAAAGUCUUUUUUCUCAUCUUUAGAAUUACUGAAGGAUUCAUGUAAAGAUGCUGCUUUGAUAUGUGAAAAUGUGACCACGGACCCGGCUCUGGGGACUUGGGGUCCUUGGGCAGUGGGGACUAUGACUGUUGUUGUUGUUGUUAUUAUUAUUAUUAUUAUUAUUAUUAUUAUUAUUAUUUGGUGUGUUGUCUGCACUGCCCCUGUGCGCAUCUGUAUGUAGGCAGGUAUGUGUGUGUGUGUAUUGCCUUUCUUCUGUGGCCAAGUUACAGGCACCUUUAGCCCUGGGGCUGUGGCCUGACUUGAGGACUGGCCACACCCGAAGUCCUUGCCGCACACCUGCUCCUCAUCUGGGCUCAUCGGGGGAGCUAUUUAGAUGAGCGAUGGAGCUUCCACCGACGCUGGAUUAUUGCGUUUGACUACACGAGGAGUGUGGGACGAGAAGGAGCAGUGAGCACGGGGAGUGCAGGGACACUGGGGCAGAGAGCACUACACGGGGACUUUUGGGAAGAAGACACUACACGGGAGUCUGGGAAACUGGGGAUUUAUUGUUGUUUACUUCACCACCUUGUAAAUAAACACUGUUGCACUGAAGAGUCCGGCGUUUGGGUCCUAUUUCCCCAUCUCCCCACGGUCUGCCAGCCAGACCGUGACAGAAUAAUUCAGCCAUUAUGGGCCCAGCGGACUCAAGGACCGUCUCACAGGAGGAGUUGCUCGCCCAGCUCUGGAAUUACUGUCGGAGCAUUAUCCAGGCGGCAGAUCCACAUCAGAGACACAUACAGGUCGUAUUUUUUGAUACUUUCCUGUCAUCCACCACCUUUUCUGUGAGCUUUUUGGACAUUAAAAAACUAAUUCAAACUGUAAUCAUGCUGAGGGCAAGUUCCAGCUUUGAGUUGUUUGGUUUGGGCUGUCCGGGCGAGGAGGAUGUGGCGACCUCGCUGGGAUCCCUUGCUGCCUGGUUUUUGUUUCAUAGGUGGAUAGUUUCCCCACAGUCGCUUGCGGCUCACUUGUUGGACCCUGUAUUGUGGGGGAAACAGUUCCCAUGCCCUCUGCAUCUCACCACAUCUCCACUCACCCCCGCGGCAUCAGCAGAGUCAGCAGACAAAGGACCGGCAGUACAAAACGACACAGCUGCUCUCCUGCCCGGCCGGCUGGUGGAACCUCAGCCUGACAGGCCAGCCCCGACGUCUACACAGAAACGACGUUCGCGCUGCCGGUGUUCCUCACCGCAGCCUAUUCCACGGACGUCUCAAGAGCCGGCUGUGGUGAGUAAUACGGACAAUUUUUCAUUUCCCUCACCAUCUGUUUGUGUGCCUGCAGUGGACGAUGACGCUGCCGUAAGCCAUCCGACAGCGCAUGUAACAUCACCUCGGUCUGAGGUGUCCACACCACUUGCUGCUUCACCAUCUGCAGUUGUAGCGCCGCCGUCAUCUCAUCCGCCUGCAGUCACCCUUCUGCCAUCUUCUUCGCCGGCUGCUACGUCGCCGCCCGGACCUGCCUUGGCCGAGCAGGAGCUCGGCAAGUGGGAGGAGCUCGCGCUGCCCGAGCCGCAGGAGAGAGCGCCGGAGCUCGGCGAGCGGGAGCCGCAGGAGAGAGCGCCGGAGCUCGCUGUCCACGUCCAGCGCGCCCGCCACGCUGUCUACAUCCAGCACGUCGGGGAUUAUGGGCCAUUCUACGUCGCUCACCAGAGCUGCAACGCCGCCGCCACUGGACCCGUGGCCGCCUGCCGGAGCUGCAACGCCACCGGGUCUGUGGCAGGCCACCGGAGCUGUCACACUGCUGCCACCGGGCCCGUGGCCGCCCGCUGGAGCUGCAGCGCCGCCGCCAUUGCACCAGUGGCAGGCCGCCUGAAGUAUUCUGUUGCUAUCACGGGACCCGAGCCCAGAACACUGUUACAGCUGAGUCUGGACAGAAUGUAGUUCUACCAUGUCGAGUUCCAUCAGACAAAACCAUCAGAGCUGUGAAGUGGAGCAGAGCUGACCUGGGAAGGAAUAUGUGCUUUUGUACCGGGAUGAGCAGCUGGAUCCAGAAGAGCAGCAUGAGUCUUUUAAGAAUCGGGUGGAUCUACAGGACAGACAGAUGAAUAAUGAAAAAGUGUCUCUGGUUCUGAAGAAUGUGACGACUGCUGAUGGUGGAUCAUACAAUUGUAAUAUCUUUAACGGAGGGACAAUUUCAUGGGAGAUCAUCAACAAUGUCAGCCUGACUGUUUCAGGUCAGACAGCAGGACUCAGAGUGGAUGGAUCUGUUGGACUCAUCGUUGGUCUGAUUGUUUCUGUUGUACUUCUUGUUGCUGCUGUUGUUGGUUAUCUGGUCUACAGAAAACAU